UGGUCACAAUUAAAAAAUCAAAAUGUCAAUCAAAAUUGUCUUUAUUCUCUAAUCAGCUGUCGAUUUUCAUGAUCGGUGACAUUUUUUUUACUUUUACAUUACAAACUUAAUUAAGAUGUGUGAUAAAUGAAGAGGUAUACAAUUUUAUCGGUACAGUCAGCAUAGUGGUUGUGUUGGGGGGUGGUUUGUGCGGAUGGCUGGAACGAGGAGCGGGUGUUGCGAGUGACCGCGGCGGGCGCGGCUCUCGUGGGCCCCUGAGCGAGCAGGCAUGCGGGGGCAUGGCGGAGGCUGCGGGCACAUCGCGCGGCCUCCGCGUCUACAAGAUCGUGGUGCUGGGUGACGGAGGAGUUGGCAAGUCCGCGGUCACCUUGCAGUUUGUUAGCCACAGCUUCUUGGACUAUCAUGAUCCCACUAUCGAGGAUUCAUACCAACAACAAGCAGUCAUUGACGGUGAGCCAGCUCUAUUGGACAUCUUGGAUACUGCAGGACAGGUAGAGUUCACGGCUAUGCGGGAACAGUACAUGCGUUGUGGUGAAGGUUUUAUGCUGUGCUACUCGGUGACGGACAGGCGGUCGUUUCGCGCGGCUGGUGAAUACCAGCGGCUCUUGGCCCACGCUAGACCUAACGAGUCGCUGCCAAUAGUACUGGUGGGGAAUAAACUGGACCUAGCGCCGAGGUUCAGACAGGUAACAACUGAUGAAGGUAAAGCCCUAGCGAGUCAGUUGGGGUGUCCUUUCUUCGAGACGUCAGCCGCUCUCCGUCACUUCGUGGACGACGCCUUCCACGCCCUCGUGAGGGAGAUAAGACGUUUAGACAGACAGAGACAGCCUCCUCCCUGUGUGACGUCAUCUGGUGGUCGCCGUCGGUGGCGUCGCCUCCGCAGCAUCUUCGCCUUCGUGUUCCGAAGACGGCGCCGUCACCACUCCUCUCCAUGAAGCGAUAAACACCAUUAUUUGUAUGCCCUCAAGUUACAAAUGACACAACUCUCCCCUACAGAACGCGAUCAUCUCUGACUGGACACGCACUAGAGGUUUUUAAGGCAUUUAAACAUUAUUCCUAAUUAUGAAUAGCAUUACAACCAAAAAAGAUGAAUUUUUUAAAUAACAUUGUCUUGCAUCAAUACUUCACACCUGUUUCUGUUUAAAGUAUUUAUAAACGAGACACCAGUUAAGGAUUUGAGCAGUAUUGACAUCAAUUCCUCCUUCCUGUGAGUUUUAAAUCGUUUGGAACACACGUAUAAUGUUUUUUUUUUGUUAUAUUGUUAAAAAUCCACUACCUCAUUGUGAUGCUUUUUAUAAGUUAAUUUUUUUGUGUACAGUCAACUACAAAGGUUGUAUAUAUAUGGAGUUUUAUUUUAAUGUUUUUUUUUUGUUUAUGUAAUUUAUUUGUUAUAUGGAGCAUUAUUAUAUUUUAUUUUUUGCUAGUGCAACACAUCUUAACCAUAAAACAACGAUGAAUUUCGGAUAAAAUGUCACAAUUGUGAUGCUUUUUUUGAAUAUCUUGGAUAACAAUUACACUCCUAUCCAUUUGACCUGUGCUUUGCAUCGUAGAGUUUGCAAAACAGGAAGAUGUAGAAAAUAAAUUCAUGAAUUUAAUUAUUAAAGUAAAUAAUAUAAAGAGAUGCAUAUUUUUGUAGCUGAUUGUACCUAGUAUUAAAAUAUAUUUAUUAAAUUUAUCCUACUCGUAAUUCCAUUUCUACCUCUUUCUUAUAAUUGUAUCAUCCAAUGUUCCUGAUUGAAAGCCAUAUAUAGAUAUAAUGUUACUGUCAAACUAUAAAGUAGGUUACUUCGUUGUCUAUGACGGCAUAAAAAAAAAAUGUUGGAAGUAAAAAAAUUUAUGGGCCUAAUUUUGCCUUAAAACUGUACUUACCCCAUAAUGACAAGCUCUCGGCGUAAUUCAAACAUUAACUUAUACAAUAAUUUUCAUUGUCUUUACGAUGUAAUAUUAAAAAUCUUCUCAAGUAAAGUUGCCUAUUAGAAACUGGCCUCGAGUAAUGUCUUCCGCAAUGGAAUACAAAAUAAAGCAAUAAUUUAUUUAUAUAGUUACAGUAAUUUAUAUUCGUCGAGUUUCAGUGUUUAGAUUACAAUUUGCGUGUUAGUUGUAAUUGGUAUAUGGGUAAAGCGUUACGCAUGAAUCGAACAGCCGAAAUACGUUGAAAAUUUAAAAUUAAACCUCUUUGGUUUUAUUUGUGUAUUCAAUACUCAAAUAGAAUGUGUUUGUGUCAUGCAACUUACACUUAUACCUUUUGUAAUUAACUCUUAAAGUAUUAGAUAUAAAUUCCAACCCCCUGUCUUAGUGAAUAUUAUUAGGGCACAUAACUUCGUUAUAGUAGCAAUAUUAACCCCCAAAAUUUAUGAAUUUUUGCCAAAUUCUACGUAUAGAUAUAACACAGUAAAUACAAAAAAAGAGGUAUUCUAAAAUAUAUUUCGCCGUAGAGGUUAAUUUAGGUCGGUUUAGAAAAGUAAUGUUUAAUUUCAGAUGUAAUAGUUAUUUAUGGUAGGUCAAUACCAAUUAAUACGUACGAAGUCUUUUUGUUCGUUAUAAAUGUCGUUUCACAUUAAAGAUUUUUUGGGUAGCGUUUUACUUUUUGACCAUUUUAUAUCGAGUUGUAUGGAACAAUCAAUUAAUGACUUUGAAUAACAGUCAAGAUUUAAUUGAGACUGUAUUUGCGAAUAAAACUUGCGGAGAAUUUUUUUUUAAUUUUAUUCGGACGUUUCGAUUAUUUUGACAGUAAAAAAAAAAAUAAAGUUAGCUUAAAAUAUGCGUACGCUAUAUACGUAGGUAUAGUUUUAUUUAAUUGGAAGCUAGUCAACAUAUAUAACGAUUAAUAGCUCUGUUCGUACCAAAGCAAAAUUACGAAGUUUAGAACCCCAUAAGUGUGUGGAUUAAUGAAGGUUUUCACUUAUACGCUCGAUAAGAAAUGAUUCAUAUAAUAAAAAAAAAGUUAGGGAUAUACAACAUUGACAUUAUUCCUUUAAAGAAACUCUGCUCUUAUAAUGCGAGAAUAAAAAACGCUACGAGAAAGCAAUUAAUGUGGAAGGUAUCUUAUAGUCAAUAACUACAUUAUGCCUACAUACAGUUUACAUAUUCACUGUGCAUACGAAACGUUUCUAGCAUUUCAGUCUUUAAUUUUCGCAAAUUCUAGUACUAUUGUAGAUUUUUGAAGGAGAAACGGGAAACGCUCCGUAUGUAGUGUGUCGGUGUAAACGUAUAGUAAGCGUAGUGAUGGUAAUAUUAUUACGUAGAAUGUUUGAUAGCGAGCCCAGUAGUGUCCAUUUUUAUUUAUUUUUAUAAUUUAUCUAUUAAAAUUAAUAGAUGUACGUGAAUUAUAUUAAAUGUCAUAAAAUGUUUAACUAUACGACCUCCGAGUACAAUUUACGUCUAGACGUAUAUAAUAUGGUCUGUGUGACAGAUACAGCAAUAAAAAUAUAAUAUAUAUAUAUAUAGUAAGUGAUAAUUAUUAUGUGUGUGUGAUAGUUUUGUAUUAAUCGUAUAUAAAUAUUUAGAUCGAUACGCACAAAUUUUUAGAAUAAUUAUUGUCAUGUUGAGAUACAGGGUGAUGGAUUUGUUGAAAAGACCAAUAGCAUCAUUCCACUUGAUAUUUGUUUAUUGUAUUUUUUUUUUAUCAACAACAAAAAAUUAGCACACCUUAUAUAAAGCGAUUUUUAAAUAUCUUACCGUUAUGAUCUAAAAUACUUUUAUAAAAAACUUAAUCAUAUUUAAUCUGUAUUACAAAUUUUAUUCAGUUUUUUUUCCUAAUUUUAAAUUGCUAUCUGUAAUGUAUUAAGAAAUAAUGUAUUGCACACGCGAUUUAACAGGUUGAGAAUAGAUUUUUAUCUGAAUUCCAAGUAUUAUAAGGAAAGUUGAUAUUGUUUUACUUUUGAAGUAUAUGCUUAUAAAUAUAUUUACCGAAAUUCUAAACAUAGAAAAUAGAAUUGAAGUCAUGUAAGGUAGUUUAAAUUCAUUACGUUCAAAUCUAAAUAAAAGGGACACUUACUUAUAACUAUAUUAUAUAUGCAUUAGAAAUGAUUAUGUAAUUUAAAAAAAAAUUCAAUAGGCUUACAUAUUGUAAUGGAGUCCAUUCGUCAUCUAGUCAUUAGUUGAUAGUGUGAGUUACGGCUUGUAGACGAUACCCGAGUCCGUAUGUUUUAAACUGUUGCGAUGUUUUAAAAAAGUUUCCGUUUUGAAGUUUGACAUCUAAAUAUAGAUGUAGUUGUCUUAAAUUGAAAUGACAGUGAUGUUAACAUCAAAUGUCACAAAACUUGACAGCGGUAGUGACAGUGAUAGCUCAGUAUUUUUUGUUUCACUUAGUUUUUUUUUAAUUCAGUAAGGUGAGAUUUAAAUGUGUUUAUUCUUUGAUCGAUGUCCAGCAUGAUUAUUCGAAACAUGUUAUAAAAUAAAACCUUUUUUAAAUUGUUUUUUUUUUUAUGUUAUGUAAUUUUAACGUCACUUCGAGACGGAGAUUUUUUUUCCAGAUUUUUCUUACUAUAAUUAUUUGUGUCAUAUUAUAUGAAUAUAAAAACAGAUAAAAAGCUCGUGCUAUGUAUUUUGCUGAGUUUAAACUUACGAAUUUGUUAUUGUACUUGUCGUUUUGGACAGAAAAUCUGCCCACAGAUAUAUACAACAAAUAGCCAGCAAACAUUAUAAUAAAAUAUACAUACAUAUAAUAUAAUCCCUAUAUUAAUAUAUUUGUGUUAAAAAUAUAACAAAAAAAAUAUUUUAAAAUAAUGUUGUAAUAUGUUAAUACUAUUGUGGAUUUGUCUUUAUUUAUAGAUAAUAAUAUGAAUUGUUUUUAAUUUUAUUAUUUAUAACACCAAAUAGUACCUUUAAUGUUUAGAUUUAAUAUAUUUUAUUCAGAUAUAUAAACAGUGUGUAGCAGUUUCGUUGAAUAAAUGUCAUGUUUAAUA